AUGCGACGGAUACCGUUUACCACGUACCCUUCCGGCACUGAAAUUCUUCUCUUCCCAGAAAUGAUGUCGUUGGUAAGGGGACUGUUGUCGAGCACUGUAAUGUCAUUGUUCGUGCCGCAAAUCCCAGGAAACCAAUGCCAACAAUAUAGAUUCCUGUCUACAACAGCUUCGCACGAGAUUGUAGCCAGCUUCCCGUCUUUGGGAUUGUGGUACUGCCCUUUAAACGCUUUUGGGCAGUUUUCCAGUGUAUAUGCAUACAAUCUAUACACCCAAGGCACCCGGGAAUCCAGCGUCUUCAUAUCUCAAAAUAAAAUCCCUCAACUCUUCUAA